AUGGCAGGCCUCUGCUCUGUGCUGGGACUCUUUCUGUUGGCAGGCAGAUUGCCCCUCGAUGCUGCGAAACGAUUUCGAGAUGUGGCGAGCCACAGAGGAGCUGCUGCCCCUAUCGUCAGGCACCAGGACCGACUCCACGGCUGGUCUCCCGACCAGAACAUAUGGAAUGAAAAGCUCUACCCUGUCUGGAAAGAGGGGGACUCCCAGUGGAAAAACUGCUGGAAAGGAGGACAGGUGCAGGCAGUCUUGACUAGUGACUCCCCAGCCCUGGUGGGAUCCAACAUUACCUUUGUAGUGAGCCUGCUCUUCCCCAGAUGUCAGAAGGAAGACGAGAGGGGCAAUAUCAUCUAUGAUGGGAGCUGCAAAAAUGGCACCACCCGGUCUCCGGAUUCUUAUGUGUACAACUGGACUGCGUGGACAGAGGAGAGAGACUCGGGAAAGUGUCCUAACAAAAGCACCCAUCAUGUGUUUCCAGAUGGGAAGCCCUUUCCUUGUCAUCCUGGAUGGAAAAGGAAGCAUUUCGUUUAUGUCUUUCAUACACUUGGCCAGUAUUUCCAAAAAUUAGGACGCUCUUCAGCAGUGGUGUCUGUAAACACAGCCAACAUGACGGUUGGUCCCCAGCUCAUGGAAGUGACUGUAUACCGAAGAGGAUACAGGAGCUACGUCCCAGUGGCAUCUACUAGGGACAUAUAUAUGGUCACCGAUGAAAUUCCUGUCUUUGUGAAUAUGUCCCAGAAGAAUGAUCGCAAUUCCUCCGACGACGUCUUCAUCAAGGACCUUCCCGUUCAGUUUGACGUUCACAUCCACGACCCCAGCCACUUCCUAAACACGUCGGCGAUCUACUACAAGUGGGAGUUUGGAGACAACAGCGGUUUAUUUGUUUCCAACAGCCCUGUAUUUAAUCAUACUUAUACCCUCAAUGGAAGCUUCGUGCUCAAUCUGACCAUCCAAGCUGCCGUCCCUGGCCCGUGCCCUCAGCCCUCACCCGGGCCGCCAACGUCUCCUCCUCCUCCUCAUUUUAUAGGAACUACAGUAAACUCCUCUGGUGCCACCACCUCAUCGCCUCCGGCUGCCAGCCCACAAGCCUGGGGGAGAGAGGCUCCUGACGAAAGCUGCCAGGUCACCAGAUAUGGCCAUUUCAUAGCGUCUCUCACCAUCAUAGAGGGAAUCCUUGAAGUUAAUAUCAUCCAGAUGACAAAGAUUCAGAAGCUGGCACCGCAGACCGAGGACUCCACAAUUGACUUUGUUGUCACCUGCCAAGGGAACACUCCUACUGAUGUCUGUACAGUUAUUUCUGACCCUACGUGCCUGUGGCCCCAGAACACAGUCUGUGACCCUGUGGAAGUCAGUGACCAGUGCUUGUUGACCAUAAGGAGAGCCUUCAGUGGGGCUGGGAUGUAUUGUGUGAACCUUACCUUGGGUAAUGAAGCUAGCCUGGCCCUUACAAGUACACUGGUCUCUAUUGAUGGACAAGGAUCACCUGCCAGAAUAGAAACAGGCAUCUUGGUGUCCAUCAGUGCCUUGAUGGUGUUCACUAUUCUUGUAACCUUCUUUGUGUACAAGAGAUACAAAGAAUACAAACCAAUUGAAAGCUGCCCUGGGAAGGUGGUGAAUGGCAAUGGACUGGAUGUUUCUUUCCAUAAUGGGAAAGCUGUGUUCUUCCCAGCAAACAAUGAGAAGGAUCCGCUGCUGAAGAAAGAGGCUGGGAUUGUUUAACGCUCCCAGCCAAUCUGUGCCUUUAGAGUGCACACUGUACAGUACUUUACAUUGGAGCUGUCCUUGAGUGGAUGGCUGAUAACUGUGUAAGAAAAGGCAUAUUGUAAGCGGGUAUCCACUGCUUGUGGGUGUAAUUUUUUUUUUAUAUAGGUUAAAAGACAUUUUAGAGGAGUGGAGUGGGGGAUUAUACUGCAGGCAGCCUUGGUCAGAUUCUAGAACUAAUAA